AUGUAUCUGGCCGAUGCUUCUGAUGCUACUUGCUGGAAGGCUUUCCCGACAACCUUGACGAAAGCAGCGAUGAAGUGGUUCAAUAGUCUUCCCCCUAGGUCGGUCACCAGUUUCGACGACCUCUCGCGAAAGUUCCUAAUGCGCUUCUCCAUUCAGAAGGACAAAGUCAAGCACGCAAUAAGCCUCUUGGGAGUAAAGCAGGAGGUCUCAGAACCUUUAAGGGACUACAUGGAGAGGUUCAAUAAAGCGUGCUUCGAGAUUCAAGACCUGCCCACAGAGGCAGUGAUUAUGGGCCUAGUAAAUGGACUUCGAGAAGGUCCCUUCUCCCAGUCCAUCUCGAAAAGACACCCGACUUCUCUAAGUGAUGUACAAGAGAGAGCUGAGAAGUACAUCAACAUGGAGGAAAAUGCUAGACUUCGAGAACCGAGUUGGCGACCGGGGCACUCUCACUCAUCAAAAGAGAAAGAAAGAGAGCCCAAGAAAAAAGAGGAAGUCGACCCUGAAAGGCCUAGGAGAUAUCACUCCUAUACCCCUCUACGAGUUUCACUGGUCGAUGUUUACAGGAAAAUUUGUCAUACUGAAAGGCUACCUCUCCCGCGACCAAUCAAGAACAAAAAGAGGGGGGAUCCACAAUGA